AUGGAACCUGUUAUACCGACAAUGGAGGUAGAACAAUGGAUAACAUGGUUUCAGCAGUUAAUGAAAAGAGUAGUUUUAGAACAUUUUUGUGUGUCAUUGCCAUUUUGUUCAACUGUAGGUACCAAGACGGAACCACCAAUAGCGCAGAGGGCGUCUGUUCACAGUGGGAUCUCGACCAAGUUAGGUUUACCUCGUUUUUUGGCCUUAAACCGUUUAUACAAUCUUGAGCGACGGUUAGCUAAAGAUGUGGAGUUGCAUGCUGCAUAUCGCGAUUUCAUGGACGAUAACCUGAGGUUGGGAUACAUGAAACCAGCGUCAGUGGUAAGCAAAUAUUUCAUCCCACACCAUUCCGUAGUUAAACGUGAAGAAAAGGGAUUGAAAGUCCGGGUCGCCUUCAACACCUCGGCCAAAACUAGGUCUGGGAUAUCCUUGAAUGACUGUCCGUGCACUGACCCAAAAUUACAGAUUGAAAUUAGCGAUGUACUACUUCGUUGCAGGUUCUGCAAGUACAUUUUUGUCGUCGAAAUUACAAAAAUUUAUCGACAGAUCUUAGUACGGGAAGAAGAUUGAGUAUGCCAACAUAUUCUUUGGCGUAGGUCUCCGUAGGAUGAGGUGCAGGAGUAAAAUUGUUGACGGUAACAUAUAGUGUGAGUGCGACCCCUUUUCUCGCUUUGCGGUGUUUACGUCAAUCGGACCAUGAUUACGACGAAGAUUUUCAUCUUGCAAAGGACCUGUUAGUUAAUAACACGUUUGUGGAUGACAUAUUAGCUGGCGCCAAUAGUGCAGAAGAGCUGUUAGCCGUACAGGGGGACUUCAUUCCAACUUUCCAAAGGUGGGAGGAUGUUCGGUAUUGA